UUGAAACACAGCCUUUACUUCCACCAUGUGCCAGUCCAUAUCUAUAAAUUCUAUAAGGUCUAUGGCUCUCAGGCUCUCAGGCUUUUCUGUGGUGUUUAUAUUGCACGCAAAUUUGUUAGGAAAUGUGUGUUUAGUUAUAUUUAUUUAUUAAAAUAGGAAAAAUGACUGGUUGCUGCGUCCCAGGAUGUAACAACAGUAGCAGAAAAGGUUUUUCGUUAAGACGAUUUCCAUCGAAUAAUGAACGGAAGGCAUUAUGGAUAUUAAAAAUAAAUCGAAAGAAUUGGAAACCUACUGCAUACUCACACAUUUGUGAAGUCCACUUUGCUAAAGAUAUGUGGGAAAAACCUCGAAUCGAUGGUAAAAAGAAAUUAAAAUAUAAUGCUGUGCCAACAAUUUUUCCUACUGUUCAAACAGUAAAUAAAAACAAGGAAAUUUCUUAUGCAAUAAACCAUCUCCAAGAACAUCAUAGUGCAGCAACUUGUGCAGCAACAUCCAAGUUGAAUGUUCAAGAUUUAUCAACUUUGAAAUCUGCUUUAUUGCAAGUAGAAGAAUUGAAGGAAAAACUUGAAGAAACAAAUGAAAAGCUUCAAAAAGCUUACGCAGUUAUCCGUGAAGCUCAAGAAACAAAACAAAACUUGUUGCAACAAAUAAGAGAAUUGAAAAGCAAAAGGAAACUAAGCUUAGAAAAAAGUUCGUUAAAAUCCUUAGAAAUAUUACGUAAAGUUUUCAAUAAUGAUCAAAUUAAAUGGCUUCAACAAGAUUCUCCUACACAGAAAGUGCAUAAAUGGUCUGAGGAAACAAUUAAAAAAGCGUUUAAAUUAAAACUUUGUUGUUCUGAAAAUGGCUACAAAGAACUCUUGAAUCAAAAUAUUCCUCUGCCAGCAUUGCGUACACUCAGGAGGAAUAUUAAGGUAUUAAACUAUCAACUAACAUCUGAUGAAAUCUAUGAAAUUUUAAAUGAUAAAAUAACACGAUUUCAAAAUGAUAGAGAGAAGGAUUGCAUGUCAGCACUUGAUGAAAUUAGUAUUAUUCCUGAUGAACAAAACGAUACAUCAAACGAUACAACAAAUUGUAAUAAAAUAAAAGUUAGGACAAUUAAUAUGAUAAAUAGAGACGUAAUGCGUUAAAUUGUUUAGCAGAUGAACAAAAGAAAAAAAUUCUAAAACAACAGCUUUAUUUAUAAAUAUUAUUGAAAUGGUUUAUAUUAAUUACCUCACAAAUUUCAUUAGUCGCUUUAGGAAAAAAAUACUAAAAAUGAAAGAUCUAUAUAUAUUUAAUAAAAGAAUUAAGUUUCUAAAUUCUGUCAUUGAUUUGUUUCGAAAUAUGGAAAUUGAGAAAGAUGCAAAAUUUAAACCUAUACAAGUCUAUAUUAUAAUAAUACAAUCUCUUACCUAACCUAACUGAUAAAAUAUUUUUAAUAUUUUUAGCUUAUUUAAAUUGUGUACCGACACUCAGUUUUGAAACAGUUACUAGCUAGAUAUUAAUGUUCAAAAACAUCUUAGUAAGUAAGUAAGUUUCCUCAAACAACCGUAAAUAAUUUAUUGCGAAAAAUAAUACCUUAAUUUUUUGUUCUUGUUCAAACAUGUAAAAAGUAAAUACAAAUUAUUUAAUAAUUAUUUUAAUGUUAAAAAUAUAAGUUUCCUACAAUAUGAAAAUAUCGAUUAGCAGUUUAUAAUAUAUGUAUAAUCAAAGGUUGUUCUCGCAUUGGCGUAUUGCUCCCGCGUACAAUCGACAAAAUUCAGAUGUCGCUAGCGAUAAUUCGAUGCUACUUCAUUUGACAUCGCAAAAAUGCUGAUAUUCUCGCUUGAGACAUCAAACCAACAACAUUCUCUAAUACUGCCGCGAGCAACUUUGGGCUAUAAAGUGCAAGAGGAAAAAGAAAGAAAAAUGUGCUGUAGACCAAUGAAUCAGCUAAUACCGCCGGAGCGAUCAUCCGUGUCAACCCCUUUUGGACAAGGUAGACUCAUUUCGGGCGAUCAGGCGGUUAGUAUGGCUGGCAGUCAGGCGGCUGAUGCGCCUGUCGAUCACGAUGCUUACGCAGGUGAAGAAUCGCCACGGGAUAGAAGAGAUGUUGCAAGGGAUAUCGUUAUAGUCGAUGCUUUAAUACGGAUUAUAAUUGAACUGCAUGCCCGCAAUUUAUAGAAGGCGACCACGCGAUGUUUAGGACAACGGAGACGACUGGGGACCCCAUUGCUAGAUUAGCUCUUCCGGCAACUUUCCACAGGAAUCCUUCCUACUAAUCUCACCACUGCCACCAGAAAUGUUAUGCCUCCGUGAGGGAAUCACAAGAUCGUGCGUCAGGAGGGUGCAAGAAAAUGUGCAUCAAUACAUAAUUCCCAGUUUACUUCCCCAGUUGAUUAUCAAUCAAACAUUACACAAUAAGUGUUAAUGCAUCUAUUAGUAACACGUACAAUAUGUUAACACUACAUUAGCAAACAUUGGUUAAACAUUAGCUAAAUAUAUAUAUGUAUUUAUGUUUUAUACAUAUUGUGCAUAUACAUAUUGCGUAUAUACAGUAGCGUGUAAAAGUUAUGAGUAAAAACAUUUUUAUUACAUAUUUAUUAAACGAUAAUUAUUUAAAAAAGACUUA